AUGGAUACAGAAACCAAAUCUACUGAAGCAUUUCCAGACUUGAUAUCUGCUGCCCUUCAUGGAGCUGGUAUUUCAGGUGACGACUUAGCAUUUGAUUUUGACCUGAGUGAUUUCCAGGACACUACAGAGGCAACAGCUCUGAAUGGGAUAUCUUACAUCAAGAUGUCUGCCACACAAGUACUGCAGCCGACUCCAGUUCAGGCAGUUGUUGAUAGCAGCAGCUCAGCCAACAUUAUGCGGCAACUUGCUAGCCACGCCCAACAGCAAAUGCGUCCGUCGAUGCAAACCAUACAGCCAAUGACAAUAAUCAACCCCCCUAAUGCCCGACAGCAAAACAUUGUUACAUCAAACGUCACAUUACCAGGUGUGGUGCGGACAAUAUCUCAAACACAACAGGGUCAAAUAAUGACCCAGGCUGUCCCUCAAGGCGUACAGUCAUUUCGUAUUAUAAGGACUCCUACAAGUACUGCCCGCACUCACACUCAAAUUUUACAGCCAUCGCUACAACAAUCAACGAUUCGGGGCCAGGCAGCAAAUAGACAUAUAGUCCAGACCACAUCUCCUCAGGUUAUGAGUUCUUCGCUGCUGACCAAUGGCUCUUCUGUGAUAUCAUCUGGCAACAAAAACAUCAUCUGUAUUCCCGCCUCCUUGAAUGGGAAUUUACAGCAGACCCAGGUUUUUAUCCAGUCCAGUAACGGCGGUGGUUUAGGUUCAGGUCAGGUCUUGAAAGUGACAGCAAGAGGGGGGAAAGCCGUCACGACAGAGGAUAUCACCAAAAUUGUCAGCUCAUUGCCAAAUCUUAAGAGUGGGUCUAGGAUUAUAGUCAACACAACUACAGGUCACUUGAUGGAUCCAAAGUCUUCUGUUCAGCUGGUGUCUAAACCCGGCACUUCAGGGUUUCACGGUGGCACAGUUCUAACCACACCAGCACUGCCAAGCUCCACCAACUCCAUCAUCAGCACCCUCAAGACCACAGCCCAGCAGAUGCCCACCCAGGUGGUGACCAUCCCCUCCCACCAAACCAAGAUCUCACGCUUGCCUUACUCCCCGUUCCACAAGGUGGCUCAGAUGUGCACACUGCCAAGUCUGCAGUCUUACAGCAGCAUUCCCACAAUCACAGACAUGCAGGACAUAAACAUGGGCCAUAUACGAAUGUCAAUGUCCAGCAAGGAUUUAUCCAAAGCCUGGACUGAUCACAAUACCCUGAGGAGAAUACACAGUACACAGAGUUUGCUGCGACCUGUGCACGAUUGUCAGCACGAUGAAGAGGAGAUAGAGGAGGAGGUGGAGGAGUUGGGUCGUGCUGAAACAUACGCUGACUACAAGCCUAUGAAAUUGAAUUUUGGCAAGAAACACCCGGAUGCAGUUGUAGAAACAAGUUCGUUGUCCAGUGUGGAGCCGCCUGAUGUAAAUUAUCAGCUAAAAAUUCUCGACGAAGGAGUUGACGAGGGUGGUCGGCUGUCCGCGCUGCAGCUGGAGGCUAUAACUUAUGCUUGCCAGAAACAUAUGACAUUUCUGCCUAAUGGACAGAGAGCUGGUUAUCUCAUUGGUGAUGGUGCUGGUGUUGGAAAGGGCAGAACUAUUGCUGGUGUUAUAUUUGAAAAUUACGUACAUCGAAGGAAACGGGCCUUAUGGUUGAGUGUGUCCAAUGACUUAAAAGUUGAUGCUGAGAGAGAUCUGCGGGACAUUGGUGCUAGCCACAUCGAUGUGUAUCCACUCAAUAAGUUCAAAUAUUAUUCCAAGCUCUCCAGCAAGGAAAACAACAGCUGCAAGAAGGGUGUGAUUUUUGCAACUUACUCCUCUCUGAUUGGUGAGAGCCAGGCAGGCGGCAAAUACAACACUCGCCUGAAACAGUUGCUCAAGUGGCUUGGCCAUGACUUUGAAGGAGUUAUUGUGUUUGAUGAGUGUCACAAAGCCAAGAAUCUCUGCCACACCCUGGCUCCAGCAAACCCACACAAAAACCGGCCCAGACAGUCCUGGAGCUGCAGAACCGUUUUUGCCGAAGGCCAGGGUCAUCUACGCAUCUGCUACGGGGCGUCCCUGAACCAAAGAAACAUGGCUUACAUGACUCGAUUGGGCCUCUGGGGGAAGGAAUGCCCCUUUAGGGAAUUCAAUGAGUCAUCAGACUGUGGAACGGAGAGGUGUUGGUGCUAUGGAGCUGGUUGCCAUGGAUGCUAA